CCUCCAUCGCCUCUUUUUUAACCUAGACAUUCUCCAUCAUCACUCAAAUUGGCUCUUUGAUUCUCUCCGGCGAGAUUCCGACCGGUAAGUCGAAUUCAGAUCCUAUCACUGUCUCUCGUCAAUCUCAUUUACGUUUUCAGAAACAUACUUUUUCAGAAAACAAGUAAAAGAGAUGAACACGAUAGCGAAGCGAGUUACGGGGUUGGUGACUCGUCCGAGUCUAAACCAGCAGUUGCAGCAAGAGCGAGGGAUAAGAGUGAAGGUGUUCUCCAAUGAUUUAGACAAGGCACUGACGAUUUUGCAGAAGAAGAUGCAAUCGAGUGGAAUGGAGAGGCUGAUCAAAGGGACUCAGACUCAUCACAUUAAGAAUUCGGAGAAGAAGGUUCUCGCUAGGAAGAAUCUUGAACGCAGAAUCAAAUCCAUUGACUUUGCUCGAAAACUCCAAUCAAUCCUCAUCAAGAAAGUCAGAGGUUUAUGAGAGCUGAGGUGAAGCAAGAGUGCUGCUAUGUUGAUCAGUACUAGUAUCUGUGUGUGAUAUAACACAGUUUUACAUUUUGAACUUUUGAUGAGUUGAAUCAAUGUGGAAUUGGAAUUUUGGAUUUGAUUAGUUGUUUACUCUAUGGCUUCUCUUUCGUAAGUUUUCAAUGAUCUUGAGAAAGAACAUCAGAUCUUAGGAGUACAUGUAUUGAAAGUUGUUUCAGGGCAAGUGCGUUGCUUCUCCUGCACUCUGUAUGACUGUGUUCUGUGGGUCUCUGUGCUUGAAUUGUGUUUCUUGUUCCGGCCAUGAUUACUCUGAGAUUGUUCUGCUUUCUUCGCGUGUAAAGCGUAGGUUAGCUCUUUCCAGGCGUUUACACUUUCAUUUUAUGUAUAUUCAUGUUACUAUAUACCAUGCCAUGCCAAAGAAUGGGGAUAAGAGAUAUAGGAAGAACAAUUGCACCGAAG